AUGUGCUUACCAAUUUCGUCGGCCGGCUCCCCCUCCUACGCAGAGAAUACGAAUGCUAGAACAGCAUCUACGGCAAGCAUACCUGCUGCUUCAAGACCAUGCCAAGUGUCUCCCGCCUACGGACCAAUUGAGCCUCAAGCCAGCAUUGGAUAUACUCAAUUUCGGGGCUGA